UCAAGUGCGACGGCUCCGGUUGAAUUGCCUGUUCAAAACUGUAUCGGUUAAAUUUGUCAAAAAGUUGCGACCAAGAGUCCGCUUGAAUUCUUACCAGCGACUAUAAUACUUUAAACAUUUCACUGCCGAAUUCACGAUCAAAAUGGCUCACAAACAGAUCUACUACUCGGAUAAAUACACAGAUGAACUUUACGAGUACAGACACGUGGUCUUACCGCGGGAACUAGCCAAACAGGUCCCUAAAUCCCACCUGAUGUCCGAGGAUGAGUGGAGGAGACUGGGGGUGCAGCAGUCACUGGGAUGGGUCCAUUAUAUGAUCCAUGAUCCUGAACCUCAUAUUUUGCUGUUCAGGAGACCUCUACCGAAGCAGUGACCGUAACGGCUGGAGUACUCCUCUCUUCUGGAUCAUUCCUGUGGAUUAAUCUAGUAUUCAGUGAAUACUUGCAUACUUUACCACGUUUUUGACUCCUGUGUUAAUAAUGCUGUAUUUAACAGUGCUUAUGCAUGGACACAGAACCAAGGGAAUAUGGGGAAAUGUGUUUUCAGUGAAAAUCGCAGGGCUCUUAAUUCAAUCAUGUGCCUUUCAGGUGAAGCGAAACCUUUGUGUGUCAAAUAAAAGUCUGUGGAGCAUCAUUCAGCAUUUAAAAAAAAAACCUUAAUCAGUGUUUAUCAUAACUGCAGCGUAUUUGAGAACCUAUAGCAGGAUUAUGUUUGUGUUUAGGAAGGGUUGUCUGUAAAAGUUUGUGUUUUGGUGAGGCUUGAAUAAUUCUCAGGUUGCAUUGAUACUUCAGGGAAGGCACGUGUAUUCGUAUUAUGUUCGUAAAGAUGUGCAUACUUUUAGAUUUUUAAUAAUGUAAAGGGAAGUAGGAGUAAGAGCCCUUAAAUAAAACCUCAUACGCCAUCAUUAAAAAUGUUUGUAUUUACAGGCUUGUUUAACAGGACUGUGUUGUAUAUUGUUAACUUUGACAGGGUUUAUAUGCAAGAACAAAUACUUUUGAUGUAUAUCAGAACAAAAUGAUAAAGACAAUUAUGAAUGCGCUGUUGUUUUGUUCUUGUGACUUAAAAAUAAAUGCAGCUCUGUUGAUGAUUA